UACUAUAGCAUUGUGUGCAAGCCUCCAUAAAACCACAACAUUAAGGGAAAGGAGAGACGGGGACGCGGGAGGAACCAGUGUCCUGUCAGCUGGGCACUUUUAGCAUCGUUAUUAGCAACGAUACACAGAAUUAUUAAACAAUGGCCAACACUGCCCGGAGAGCAGACACAAGAAACCGACAGGAGAUGUGUCUGAAGGAGACAUGUUUCAAAGCUGUCCGGAAACAUUUUGCUGUCCUGGGCAUUGAGGCUGUUCUUGGGCUGCAGUGGAGUCUGAACAAAUGACAACUCUCUCAGGCCUCACCUCUUCUAUCCAUUGUAACCCUAAAAUAAUAGCAACCAUGUCUGCUGGAUAUACAGAAGCUUCAGGUCCACAUUGGGCAUAGGAAAUAUCCACGGAGGAACAUUAUCCCAUACAGUAAUUGAUCUUCCAACGCCUCUCGUUAAGGAUCUUCUUCCUCAUCUGACUGUAUGUCAACUGGAUGAGCUACAGCCUGCCCUAAAUCAGAGAGGGAUAUCGACUCACUCAGGAUGGGUUGGAGUUCUACAGGACAUGUGUGGACCUAACCAUGUAAUAGACUUGAACACAGAAGAAGAGGCCAAACACGAAGUUAUGAGAAUGCUUUUUACGCUGGUAUUCUACGGCUUCACAAACCCCUUCGUCAAAAGAAACAUCACAAAUUUAAGCAGCCCAUCCUUCCUGUGGGCUGCAGCUAAAUGUAUCAAACAUUUUUUACUCACUACAAGCAUGCAUAAGCCCCUUCAAAGUUUAACUGCUGAGCAUCGGCCUCUUCUGAACCUCUUAGAGAAGCGGAUCAGGAGUGUUGGUGUUUCGCAGUCCAUUGAUCUAUCAAAGAGGAAGACACAAACUGCUUUGUAUGUCCUCCAUCGCCUGCUCGAUCACGGGGUGGCUAAAGAACUCAUCGUACAUGUGCAGUGUCCUAUUGGGCUGGCCUGGCUCCUACAUGGGCGGGGUUCUCAUUAUGUAAAUCCUGAGCUGAAGAACCUAAUGCAAAGUAGGGCAGACUGUGUUACACAAGCCACUUCAGCCAGAAUAGGUGGAGCCAGUUUGAGUCCAGGUUAUGGGACCAGGGCUUCAGAAGAUCAAGAUGAAGUCACUCCAUGCAAACGCUCAAAGCUGGAUCCUGUGUCUGUGGAGGAGGAGGAAUGUGGAAAAGCAAACUUUACUGUGGACCCGCAGCUUCUUUGCCAAACCUUCACUCCAUGUGAUGGUCCCUCAGCAGGGGCUUGUCCAUGGGGCCAGAUUAAUUGUCUGGAGAUCAGGCAGUGUGGGUCUGACUCCCUGAGAGUGCUGAACUUCGCCCUGCCCACAUUUUUCUGCCUUCGCUCUCUAAGUCUUCACAGCUUUUCGACCUUCAGGGACUUGGAUGUGUUGGGCCUGGCCAGAGCCCUGAAGCAGCUGUCUGAGAGCUCCCGCAGCUCCCUCACCGAUCUGAGCAUCAGCGCCCUGCCGUACACCCAGCUCAUGGAGAUUCUGCUGGAUGCAGUCCCACAUGUGACGUCCCUGCAUGUAGAGAUCCAGGCUGUGAUGUGGGGUCCACGCUUCUCACCACAUCAUCCCAGGACUGCUGAGGCAGACAUGCCAGCAGAGCUGCCCCUGGAGAAGCUGACCGUCAAGGUAGCUGAGCUCCAAACAGAUCUGCACUUUAUCACAUCUGUGCUGAGACGCUCUCCACGUCUGACCUCACUUCACGUAGCUGGGAUGAGAUUACCAACUGGCUCCUCUCAAAGCCAACUGCUCACCACUCUAUCAGAGUCUAAUCACUUCUUGAGGAGUCUGAACUUGGAGGACUUGAAGCUGUCUGAUUGUCUCCCUGAGAUCCUAAAUCUGCUGAGAGACUGCAAGUUGGAAGAACUACGCUUUAGCGACUGCCGCCUUCUUGAGAAGUCGAGCGACAAAGAGGAGAGUUUGCAGCAGCUGGUGGCUGCUCUGAAGACGCUGCCUUCUCUCCACACACUUGGCCUUGCUCAGAAUCGGCUAGCCAAGAACGUGUGCGUGCUGGCAGAGCUGUUCUCAGGAUCUUCACCAAGCUCUGUGAAACGACUGGACAUCAGCUCCAACUUCAUUCAGCCUGCUGAGCUGCUGGAGUUUGCUAAGAGUUUGAGGACACAUUGUCCCCCACAACGAUUGACCCUUGACCUCAGGAAAAACCCAGGGGAUCGAGACUCCGACACGUGGAGCACUGCACUGAAGAGGCUCCGUCCAUUCUGUGUUCUACUGGUGGAAGGAUGGAAAUCCACCGAAUCGAUGGCUGACCACAUCAGCAACAUGUGAACAAAGCUAGAGCAACAUCUAUAGAAGUAGAAAGCACUCCCUGUAGGAGUGAGCAGUGGCUGGAAAAAGCUCUUGAUGCAUAAUUGGUCGUUUUCUUGUAAGAGAAGAGUGACUGUGGUACGUUUAGUUCAGUUCAGAGAGUUCCAAAGGUUCCAGCAACAACUUUUCACUGUUCAAGAAAACCCUCAGAACAUCAUAGAAACCACGCUAGAAGCACGAGUGCUUGAAGCUGGAGGAGUGGCUUCAUAAGUUCUCAUAGACACUGACAUUUAGUUUCUGUCAGAAUUCCAGUUACGGUAGAACAUCCAUCAUUUAGCUUUGUAAUGAGAUGGGACACAUUUCAUCACUUCUACGCAUGUUCCAUUUAUUAAAUGUAGCGUUUCAUUUGUUCUUGUGUCCGAGCGCACAGCGGCACAGUUGAAAGUAAAAGAGCAUCCCCUGUUUCUUUGACAUAUGAAUCAUUUAUUAAGCCAACGUCCGUUACACUUCCAGAGUAUGAGUGACAGUGGACAUUAAAAUACAACUGAAAAACCUGGAGGAUUGACACUGAGGGGAGGAGCAGUUUCACAGCAGCCGGCUCACACCUUCUCUUCAUCGUCACGUUCCUCAAACAGCAUCAACACGACUACCAACUCAUCAUUAGUAGGAACUGAGUAGAAAAACGCAUUAAAAAGAGCUUCAUCUUUUUCAUAGUGGGUUUUUUAAAGCUAAAUACACUUAGUUUCAGUACAGUCAGUUGGUUGUCCUUGUAUAUUCUCAUAUUUUAGUAAAUCCAAGUUGAAGAGAGUGAAGACCCUAUGUCUACAUGCUAAAAGGUUGAUUUUCCAGGUCUGUCUACAGCCAUCUCUUGCAGAAAACAAAGACACUCUCACAGACACACCACAUACACACCAUGGCCUGGUUAUGUCAAGGCUUCUCACUAAGUGGUUUUACAGGAAAUAAAAUGCAAACGUUUGGCUGUAUUCAUCACC